AGGAUGAGGAAACAAGCUUAAGUUAAGCUUUUCCACCAUGGUCUUGGCAGCCGCGAAGCCCAAUGGACCAAGGCCUCAAGGCGUCCAACUUGGACGCUUGGCCAAGUUGGACGCUUGGAGUUGGACGCCUGGGCUGGAUUGCAGAUCAAGGAAGACACGUGGCAAGCAGCGAAUGGAUGGGCCGC